AUGCUGGCGCGGAAGCGCCCUGCGGCGUCCGACUUCGCCGCUUCCCGUUACGCUGCUGAUGUUUGGGGCCUCGCGGGAGGCAGGGGCAAGCGCGGCCGCAGGAAGAGGACGGCCGCCGCGGACGAAGGGCCGCAGGUGGAAUGUAGAGAUUACUCCAACUGCAACCAGCGCAACGAGGACGCGUGUAAGGACCUGCUGAUUUCUCUGGCCACGGAUGACUUGCGAGGGCGCCUGACGCGCAGCCGCUACGACCUGGAGAGUGCCCGGCGCUCGGAACGGCUGAGACAGAUCGAGGCGGGGAUAGCGCUCGAUGACGACUGGUUGGAGGAGGCGGCGAGUGCCUUCAACGUCCCUACCCGCAAGAGGAAGCAAAUGCAGGUCGUGGAAGACGUCCUGGAGGCCGUGCGACAGACCCGACAGCGGGCCCCGGGCACGGCGACCGCCAUGGACGCCGAUCGCAGGGAGGCGACGCAGAGGGAUAUCCAGAGGCCGCAAGGUGUAGACGCGCUGAGGGAUGAGCUGCUAGUCAGAUCUAGUUCGGAGGAUCUGCGCCUGCGCGUGGUGGGCGAGUGCCUCCAGCGGCGCGGAGGCUGGCCCGCCGAGGCAGCAGACCUCGGCGGCGACGCCCCGGGGCCGUCUGGCGAUUACACCCCCAGGGUCAGCCGGGCGGCUUCGCCGGGCGCCAUGCUGGCGCGGAAGCGCUCUGCGGCGUCCGACUUCGCCGCUUCCCGCUACGCUGCUGAUUUUUGGGGCCUCGCGGGAGGCAGGGGCAAGCGCGGCCGCACGAAGAGGACGGCCGCCGCGGACGAAGGGCCGCAGGUGGAAUGUAGAGAUUACUUCUACUGCAACCAGCGCAACGAGGACGCGUGUAAGGACCUGCUGAUUUCUCUGGCCACGGAUGACUUGCGAGGGCGCCUGACGCGCAGCCGCUACGACCUGGAGAGUGCCCGGCGCUCGGAACGGCUGAGACAGAUCGAGGCGGGGAUAGCCCUCGAUGACGACUGGUUGGGGGAGGCGGCGAGUGUCUUCAACGUCCCUACCCGCAAGAGGAAGCAAAUGCAGGUCGUGGAAGACGUCCUGGAGGCCGUGCGACAGACCCGACAGCGGGCUCCGGGCACGGCGACCGCCAUGGACGCCGAUCGCAAGGAGGCGACGCAGAGGGAUAUCCAGAGGCCGCAAGGUGUCGACGCGCUGAGGGAUGAGCUGCUAGUCAGAUCUAGUUCGGAGGAUCUGCGCCUGCGCGUGGUGGGCGAGUGCCUCCAGCGGCGCGGAGGCUGGCCCGCCGAGGCAGCAGACCUCGGCGGCGACGCCCCGGGGCCGUCUGGCGAUUACACUCCCAGGGUCAGCCGGGCGGCUUCGCCGGGCGCCAUGCUGGCGCGGGAGCGCCCUGCGGCGUCCGACUUCGCCGCUUCCCGCUACGCUGCUGAUUUUUGGGGCCUCGCGGGAGUCAGGGGCAAGCGCGGCCGCACGAAGAGUACGGCCGCCGCGGACGAAGGGCCGCAGGUGGAAUGUAGAGACUACUUCUACUGCAACCAGCGCAACGAGGACGCGUGUAAGGACCUGCUGAUUUCUCUGGCCACGGAUGACUUGCGAUGGCGCCUGACGCGCAGUCGCUACGACCUGGAGAGUGCCCGGCGCUCGGAACGGCUGAGACAGAUCGAGGCGGGGAUAGCGCUCGAUGACGACUGGUUGGGGGAGGCGGCGAGUGUCUUCAACGUCCCUACCCGCAAGAGGAAGCAAAUGCAGGUCGUGGAAGACGUCCUGGAGGCCGUGCGACUGACCCGACAGCGGGCCCCGGGCACGGCGACCGCCAUGGACGCCGAUCGCAGGGAGGCGAUGCGCAGGCGCACGUGGAGCUCCAUGGCCGCGUUGCACGAGGCGAAGGUCUGGGGUAUGCGCGCGACGCAGAGGGAUAUCCAGAGGCAGCAAGGUGUCGACGCGCUGCGGGAUGAGCUGCUAGUCAGAUCUUGUCCGGAGGAUCUGCGCCUGCGCGUGGUGGGCGAGUGCCUCCAGCGGCGCGGAGGCUGGCCCGCCGAGGCAGCAGACCUCGGCGGCGACGACCUCUGGGCGCGCCGCUAUUUGCACAGCGCGAUGGCCCGAAGGUACGCCAGCGCCUCCACUGGCGAGCAGCUCUUGCCGGGCGACGUGGCGCGGUGGCAGGAGCUGCUCGACAGGAUCCCGGAGGCGCAGCGGCCCACCUGGCAGGCGGACCCUCUGCGCCAGCAGUUGCAGGCCCACUACGAGGAGCAUGGCCACCUGAACGUGAGGCCCUCGACCAGGAGGGCCGACGAUCCCGAUCGCCUUCUACUCGAAGCUUUGAAGGUCCUGCGCCGCGCACGGCUGGAGGAUGUCAGGGGCGAGCGCGGCCAUCUGCUGCGCCGGCAGCUCUCGCCCGGGGACAUGGCCGCGUGGGAGACGGCGGUCCCGGCCAACGUGUUGUGGGGCACGGUGCGCCAGGCCGAGGCGUAUAUCCCUGGCAGCGCUAUUCUCGGCAGCCGGUGCGAAUGGCCCAGAGAGCCCGUCUGCUGCCAGCCGUGCCCGUGCUAUCUUUGCGGCCAGGACUUCGCCACGAAGCAGUUGUUGCAGGAGCACUGGCGCGAGGAGCACGUGAACCUGCCCGAGGCCGAGCGGGGCUUGCUGGCGCCGCGGCGAGUGGAGGAAGAGGUCCGAAAGAGAAUCCUUGCGGACGAACAGCUGGAGGGCCCCUUCGAGGUCCGGGGCGCUGAGCAGCGCCGCGCGCUCGGACGAUUCGCGGAGAACCAGACGCAGAGCCGACCGGGGGGUGCGUGGGCCGGGCACUUCGAGAGCCAGCAGACCGCCCCGACCACUUGCCGCGCCCUGAGCGGCUGCGUUGUCUGCGCGCGCUCUUUCUGGCUGGAGGACCUCUUCGACGCGGACUUGUUCGUGGAGCUCGUGGACCCCGAGCUGGCAGCGGGCGCCGGCGAUCCCGCGGCGGACGGCGCCCAGGGGCACGGCGCGGAAGGCCCGUUGCGGGACAUGGAGCUGCGAUCGCUAGCCAGGGGCCGCGUGUGCGUGAACAAGAUCAUCGCCGAGCCCGAGAAGAGAGGUUCCGACGAGCCGGCGGCGCGCCUGGAGACGUCUCGCAAGGUGGAUCUCCUGCGCAGCGCCGAGCUGCCCGCCCCCCCUGCCGAGGCGCAGCGAUUCCUCGCUGAGUCCGUCGUCAUUGCCCUGGCAGGGGCCGACGUGGACGACCUCAGCAAGGCCCGGUGGGCCAACGUGCGCAAGGGCGAAUACAUGGGGGCCGCCAGCUUCCUGACCUCCCAUUCGGUCUCGUACAACGACAUGACCUGCAACCAGGACAGGGCAGACGCCGUCAUGAGCGACGCCGGCGCCGUCCCCGAGGCCGUGCGAAGCAUCGCAAUCCCCAUUGAGGUCUCCGAGCAGCUGAAGCACCGGCUGGAGGGCCCCGCCGACGCCUGCGCCGGGGCCGACGAGCAAGUCGUCAGGGUGGACGGGGAGGAGUGCGUGUCCGAGCACGAGGCAGAGGAAGAGGAGGGGGAGAACGAUCUCAACGCCGCGCUGCCCGACCCGGACUUCCCCGCCGAGGCGCUCCCGGCGAUGUCUUUCUGCGCCGAUGCCGCGACCGGCGGCGACCUCGACGAGCUCCAGGCGAUCCGCAAGGUGCACGGUGAGCUCGAGGCUCUGCAGGAUUCCAUGCGCGAGGAGGCCUCCGGCAUGGGCUACCCGCGCCGGCGCCUCAUCAAGCAGCUUCAGGUCAGCGCCAGAGGCAUGCUGGAUCGCGGCUUGGCGGACAGGAUCCACCACCACCACAAGACGGUGACGGCCCUGGAGGAGACGGGCCAACGGGCGGCGGCUCCCGGAGGCGCGAUGGAAGGGUAUGCCCAGGGCACUGCCACACAGCCGCUCUCGAUGUACAGCCCCGAGCUCUGGUCCAUGUGCUUCCCCGACAAGUUCCCGUACGGCGACGGCGUGUUCGGCUUGUCCAGGACUGCGCCCAUGUCGUUCCAUCAGUGCACGUCAAUGCACUUGCUCCGCGAGGAGCUGGUGUACCAGGUCACGCCCGAAGAUUUGGCCGCGGCCGCCGCUUGCAAGGCGUGGGUCGAGACCGCCGCGGACGGGCCCGGCGCGACCGGGCAGUCUCGCCCCUCCGGCGGCUCCUGCGCCUGCCAGCAGUGCAGAGAGGCGUGCCGGCGCUACGUCGCGCCCGAGCAGCCGCGCUGGGGGGCCGACCGCGAUCUCAUUUGCUGCUACUACGACGCCGGGCGCCGCAUCGAGCAGAUCCGCAGGGCCAGGGGCCACGUGCACAGAACGGGCUUCCAGGAGCGCCUUGAGAAGAUCUGCGCGGCUUCCACGGAGAAGCUCGAUGCCGCCGUGCAGAGCCUAGGGCCGAAUGCGUCCCUGAAGGACGCGAUGCGGUCCCCCGCCGUGGACCAGGACGUCAAAGACGCGCUCUCCGAGCUCAUGGUGUUCACCUCAGAAGUUCUCGGCUCGGACGGCGCGCGCGCGAAAUUGCGCCACGAGCAGAACGGCUUCGCCCUCAUGUUCGGCGGCGCCGGUGGCUUUCUGACUCCGAACGUCGCGGACGUGCGGAGCCCCAUCUUGCUUGCCCUGCACGCGGCGGGGGGCUGCGAGACCCGCGCCGUGGACCUCCUCGCGGAAGCCCCGGACAUGCCCUCCGCGCGGAAGAUGCUCCAGAUCGUGGCGCAGGACCCGGUGGCCCAGGCCCGCUUCUUCAUCUUUAGCAUGAAGCUUUUCUGCGAGCACGUGCUGGGCACCGGCCCCUGGGACUUCCACCUGCGCCACAACGGCCGUUGCGACGGGGCGGCUUUCCCCGAUGGCUUCGCCACUUCGUGCACGGGCGGAGCCUUCCUCAUGUUGGCGGCGCUGCACGGGCCCAUCGAGGAGCAGGCCCGGCUGUCCAUCCACCCGCACAUCCUCCUGUGGUUCGUGCACGCGCAGUCCGAGCAGUGGCUCCGGUGCGUGCUCAACAGGGAGACCGAGGAGAUCCGGCAGCGGCUCCGCGUGUGGCAGGAGAAGACCUUGGCCGCAGUGCAGUCCAUGCAGCUGGACUCAGCGGCCGUGCUCCCGCUGCUCCUCACCGACGACCCCGACCGGGCGCCCGAGCCCAGGAACACGCCCUUCUCCGAGAAACUGCAGCGGGAUUGCCGCAUGGAUGGGGAGCUGGAGCACGACGUGGAAGAGCCGGAGAAACGGCGCGUCUUCUUGGCCACAGAGCCCCCGUUCGAGGACCACCACCUCCGACGGCAUCGGAUGUCCUUGGCGCCCGAGGCGCGACCCAUGAGCGAAUACAUGGUGCCCCAGACGGGCGCCCAGCUCUGUCGCCUCGAGCACUACAGGCUGCUGCGCCCGACCACGGGCGACGACCUGGAGACCGCGGCGGGCCGGAGCGCGGAGGCGGCGGCCUGGGCCGCGCGCUACGCCGAGGAUUACCGCCAGGACAUCGCCGUGGGCCAGAUGCACCAGCACAAGGACACGUGCUUCAAGUACGUUGUCGAGAAGUCCAUGCGCUUCGCGCGGCACUGCCGCUUCAACUUCUGCCACUUCGUCAAGCUCUGGCUCCGCGUCGGCGACGGCGGGGACUCCUCGGCGCAGCAGAAGCGCUCCAAGAAGCUGGUGACCUUGGCGCGGACCGGCAAAGACCUCGUGCUGCCGCGGGGGCCAGGGGAACCGGAGCCCGACAUGUUCCCCCUGGACGAGGACGGCGCGCCCGUGCCCCUGCGCCCCGGGCGCAAACUCGGCCCGGUCGUCAACGUCGAUCCAGACCAUGGGAAGCAGGGUCUGGUCAUGCCCAUUCGCUGGAACCCGAUGGAAGGCAGCUCCAACGGCGUGGCCCAGACGGCGCUGAACUGCAACGUGGACUUCCAGAGUAUGAUGCGCACUUUCAUUGACGGAUUUAAUGUCCAGACGCGGGACGGGCUGCGCGACCCGCCCCUCUCGGCGGACGACGAGGCCUCGCUCGAGGCGGAGGAGGACGAGAAGUUCGAGGCAAGCUUCGCCGCGAACAUGCAGAAGCUUGCGGCCGCCCGCAAGAGGGCCAACAAACCAGAGCUGGAAUAUGAGGAGGCGGAGAUGAGGCUCCGGCAACAGCGAGCCGCUCGCAGGGCGGCGUAUCUGAGGUUGGGCCCGGCCGAGCGCUUCAGGCGCAGUAUCAAAGCAAUGACCGUCAGCAUUAUGAAGCAGUCCGUUCAGGCCAUGUUCUACGCUUGCGACUACUCCACGAAGCCGAACAUGACCUGCGCGCCGCUCCUGGCCACCGCUGCCAACCAGGCCAUCGUGAAGGGGAACUGCCUCAUGGUCAUGCAGAUGCUCACCCGACGCGAGGUGCUGCGGUCCCACUCCACCUGGCAGUUGAUGAUGAAGAACGCCAUGUGGCUGGCCUUCGAGAGCCGACGAAUUCGGCAGGGGUUCGACGAGCGCGAGCAGCUGCACGAGGCCACGGUGCUCCUCGACGCCGCGGAACUCGGUUCUGCUGCCUCCACGCAGGUCGCGGCCGCGGGCGGCGCGCCCACAGACGAUCUCUUCGCGGCGCGCGGGGAGCGCGGCCCUUUCUUGGCCGAGGAGGCCACGGACGAGCCGCAGCAGAGAAACGCGGGGGUCCGCCUGAAGAGCAACAGCUACUACGACGACUACUUGCACCGCGGCUCCGCCGAGUUCGGCGCGUCGGGUCGAGCGGCGAAGACUCCCCUGGCCUCCAUGUCGUAUUACGACUACGGCAUGUGGGUGCGCGUCGUGCCCGGGGACCCGAACGCCCUGGCGCCAGACGAGUACGCUUUCGCCGGUCACUACGGGAAGCAUGCCGACUACGUCCAGCAGCUGCGGGCCGCGCCGGCCGCGCCGUACAUCUCCGGCUUCACGAUGCCGACCGAAGAGAAGGACCCGGAGACGACCGCCUGUUUCAAGCAGGUGUUGUUGAGGCCGCAUGCGUGCCCGGGGCCGGACAGCUGUCGCCAGGUGCACUUCGCCCAGCACUUCUGCUGCGCGUCCCGCAGCAGGGAGGGGGGGCGAGCCAGGGGUCGCGCCUCUCUCUCCUUCCUGGGACCUUGGCGCGCGUAUCGCGCCGAGCAGCUCGUCCUGGCGAAGCGGGCCGACCAGGCCCUGCAGCGCUCGCGGCAAUGCCCCGUGCUGCACGACACAACCGCCAUCCGUUACUGGCAUCUCCCCGGCACCGUGCGCGGGGGCCCGGUCCACGAGAGUUUCCUGCCGUUGCUCUGCGGCGGCCGCCAUGCGACGGAUCCUGGUUUGGACGGCACGUGGUGCCGCCGCCGCGAGAUCCCGACCCCCGUCGCAGGCGCCGAUCUGCAGCGGCCGUCGCGCGGAGCGGUGUGCUGGCGCAUGGCCCUCCCGGUGGACCUCGCCUGGGCCGUGCUGCGCUUCGCGGGCGACGUCCGCGGCGACGACGGGCGGCGCCUGGGGGUCGCCGGCUCGGAGGAGGAGCGCGCUCGGCUCGACGAGCGGGCGGCCCUCGAGGGCGAGUCGAUCGCCUGCGCCUGUCCUGGAGUUCACGACGACCAGCUGACCCCCGAGAUGUUCUUCGCUGUUCGGCACGUGGAGGUGGCCGCCCGCCUGGAGUACAUGGCCGAGGCCCGCGGGCUGCCGAAGCCGGCAAGGGGGCCCAGCGACGCGGUGGCGGAGGAGGAGCUCGGCGGAGAUCGCUCCGACGAUGACGGGGCCUUCGGCCUGGACGAGGCUCUGCCAGGUGAAGAUUCCUCCGCGGAGGAGCGCCAGGAAGUGGCAGACGCGCGAGAGGACAAGGAGGGCAUGAGACCUCGCUGGAGGCUGGCAGAGGACGAGUUCGACGACGUCGUGCACCGGACGGCGGCGGCCCAGGCGGCUAAGAGCAGUCGCGUGGGAGCGCACAAGAAAGCCUUGAUGGAAACGUUCUUGCAGUUGCAACGCCGCGCUUACGCCUGCGUUCGGCAGCCCUGCGCCGUGCCCGAGCGCGCCCCUCGGCUGGCGGCGAUGACUCCUGCUGACGUGCAGACCGCCAAAAAGAACCAGGACGCGAUCCGCGAACAGAGGGCCGCCCAGGACGACAAUCUGGAGGCCGCGGGCGCGGAUCUGCCCGUCGCCGCGGCGGCCUUCUCCGACGCGCCCGCGCCGUCGAGGCGCCUCGGCCCGGAGGAUGUGCCGAUCUCCCCGCUGCAGGCGGCGCUGACCCUCAUCGCCGAGUCUGGGGUCUGGAAGAGCAAGGAGCAGUACCUGGUGACGCUCUUCCUCCUUCAACCGAUACAACAACUGUGGCAGAAGGCCCUCGAGACGGACGGCUUGGACAGCUUGUCCACGGCCGCGGGCCUCGCAGCGGCCUCGAGAGACGUGCAGGUCCGCCGCGUCUUCCUGCACGGCCCGGGGGGCUCGGGGAAGACGUAUUGCAUGACCGAGGUGGUCAACAAGGUGGUCGUGCGUUUCUUCGGGCACAGGGGGCUGAAGCUCGUGGCCGCGGCCAACAGCGCCGCCCGCAUCCUCGGCGGCAAGACCAUGCACGCGGCGGCGAAGCUGACGCGGAAGCAGUCUCUCGCGGCGAGUAAAUUGAAACCCAACACCAGGGCGAAGAAGAAGUUGGAGGCCGAGUGGGAGUACCUUGUGCUCCUCCUCGCCGACGAGAUCGGCCUGGCGUCCCCCCCGCUCCUUGCGGGCCUGAGUCGCCGCGCGACUUUCGGCCGCAAGGACUUGCUGCGGCUGUGCGUGGCGAGGGCCAUCGAAGAGCCCUUCGGCCAGGUCCCCGUGCAGGCCAUCAUGGGCGACUUCAAUCAGAUCAACCCGGUCUGCAGCCACACGCUGCUGGAAGCCCUGCUGGCCCGCGCGCGCGUCCCCGGCGUGCCGCGGAAGAUCACGGACGAGGACGAAGACGGCUGGAAGGUCUUCAGGAAGAUGGCCUCCGACGUGGUCGUCUUCACUGGCACGCACCGCUUUCUCGACGAGGACCUACCGCUGCUUUUCGAGGUCAUGCGCACUCCGGGCGGGGCGAGAGUGCCUGACGACUUGCGCGCGAAGAUCAGAGAUCGCGUCCAGCGGGGCCCCGACGACCCGAGGAUGUCCAUGGACUACGAACUGGAGGGCGUUCGGGGCUUCUUCGCCUUCGGCGCUCGCGCGGCGAUCCAGUGGGAGCAGGUCGCGCGCCUGCAGCAGCUCCACGUGCUCGCCUCCGCGAGGCGCCCUGCGGCGUCCGACUUCGCCGCUUCCCGUUACGCUGCGGAUGUUUGGGGCCUCGCGGGAGGCAGGGGCAAGCGCGGCCGCAGGAAGAGGACGGCCGCCGCGGACGAAGGGCCGCAGGUGGAAUGUAGAGAUUACUCCAACUGCAACCAGCGCAACGAGGACGCGUGUAAGGACCUGCUGAUUUCUCUGGCCACGGAUGACUUGCGAGGGCGCCUGACGCGCAGCCGCUACGACCUGGAGAGUGCCCGGCGCUCGGAACGGCUGAGACAGAUCGAGGCGGGGAUAGCGCUCGCUGACGACUGGUUGGAGGAGGCGGCGAGUGCCUUCAACGUCCCUACCCGCAAGAGGAAGCAAAUGCAGGUCGUGGAAGACGUCCUGGAGGCCGUGCGACAGACCCGACAGCGGGCCCCGGGCACGGCGACCGCCAUGGACGCCGAUCGCAGGGAGGCGACGCAGAGGGAUAUCCAGAGGCCGCAAGGUGUAGACGCGCUGAGGGAUGAGCUGCUAGUCAGAUCUAGUUCGGAGGAUCUGCGCCUGCGCGUGGUGGGCGAGUGCCUCCAGCGGCGCGGAGGCUGGCCCGCCGAGGCAGCAGAUCUCGGCGGCGACGCCCCGGGGCCGUCUGGCGAUUACACCCCCAGGGUCAGCCGGGCGGCUUCGCCGGGCGCCAUGCUGGCGCGGAAGCGCUCUGCGGCGUCCGACUUCGCCGCUUCCCGCUACGCUGCUGAUUUUUGGGGCCUCGCGGGAGGCAGGGGCAAGCGCGGCCGCACGAAGAGGACGGCCGCCGCGGACGAAGGGCCGCAGGUGGAAUGUAGAGAUUACUUCUACUGCAACCAGCGCAACGAGGACGCGUGUAAGGACCUGCUGAUUUCUCUGGCCACGGAUGACUUGCGAGGGCGCCUGACGCGCAGCCGCUACGACCUGGAGAGUGCCCGGCGCUCGGAACGGCUGAGACAGAUCGAGGCGGGGAUAGCCCUCGAUGACGACUGGUUGGGGGAGGCGGCGAGUGUCUUCAACGUCCCUACCCGCAAGAGGAAGCAAAUGCAGGUCGUGGAAGACGUCCUGGAGGCCGUGCGACAGACCCGACAGCGGGCUCCGGGCACGGCGACCGCCAUGGACGCCGAUCGCAAGGAGGCGACGCAGAGGGAUAUCCAGAGGCCGCAAGGUGUCGACGCGCUGAGGGAUGAGCUGCUAGUCAGAUCUAGUUCGGAGGAUCUGCGCCUGCGCGUGGUGGGCGAGUGCCUCCAGCGGCGCGGAGGCUGGCCCGCCGAGGCAGCAGACCUCGGCGGCGACGCCCCGGGGCCGUCUGGCGAUUACACUCCCAGGCGCCCUGCGGCGUCCGACUUCGCCGCUUCCCGCUACGCUGCUGAUUUUUGGGGCCUCGCGGGAGUCAGGGGCAAGCGCGGCCGCACGAAGAGUACGGCCGCCGCGGACGAAGGGCCGCAGGUGGAAUGUAGAGACUACUUCUACUGCAACCAGCGCAACGAGGACGCGUGUAAGGACCUGCUGAUUUCUCUGGCCACGGAUGACUUGCGAUGGCGCCUGACGCGCAGUCGCUACGACCUGGAGAGUGCCCGGCGCUCGGAACGGCUGAGACAGAUCGAGGCGGGGAUAGCGCUCGAUGACGACUGGUUGGGGGAGGCGGCGAGUGUCUUCAACGUCCCUACCCGCAAGAGGAAGCAAAUGCAGGUCGUGGAAGACGUCCUGGAGGCCGUGCGACUGACCCGACAGCGGGCCCCGGGCACGGCGACCGCCAUGGACGCCGAUCGCAGGGAGGCGAUGCGCAGGCGCACGUGGAGCUCCAUGGCCGCGUUGCACGAGGCGAAGGUCUGGGGUAUGCGCGCGACGCAGAGGGAUAUCCAGAGGCAGCAAGGUGUCGACGCGCUGCGGGAUGAGCUGCUAGUCAGAUCUUGUCCGGAGGAUCUGCGCCUGCGCGUGGUGGGCGAGUGCCUCCAGCGGCGCGGAGGCUGGCCCGCCGAGGCAGCAGACCUCGGCGGCGACGACCUCUGGGCGCGCCGCUAUUUGCACAGCGCGAUGGCCCGAAGGUACGCCAGCGCCUCCACUGGCGAGCAGCUCUUGCCGGGCGACGUGGCGCGGUGGCAGGAGCUGCUCGACAGGAUCCCGGAGGCGCAGCGGCCCACCUGGCAGGCGGACCCUCUGCGCCAGCAGUUGCAGGCCCACUACGAGGAGCAUGGCCACCUGAACGUGAGGCCCUCGACCAGGAGGGCCGACGAUCCCGAUCGCCUUCUACUCGAAGCUUUGAAGGUCCUGCGCCGCGCACGGCUGGAGGAUGUCAGGGGCGAGCGCGGCCAUCUGCUGCGCCGGCAGCUCUCGCCCGGGGACCUGGCCGCGUGGGAGACGGCGGUCCCGGCCAACGUGUUGUGGGGCACGGUGCGCCAGGCCGAGGCGUAUAUCCCUGGCAGCGCUAUUCUCGGCAGCCGGUGCGAAUGGCCCAGAGAGCCCGUCUGCUGCCAGCCGUGCCCGUGCUAUCUUUGCGGCCAGGACUUCGCCACGAAGCAGUUGUUGCAGGAGCACUGGCGCGAGGAGCACGUGAACCUGCCCGAGGCCGAGCGGGGCUUGCUGGCGCCGCGGCGAGUGGAGGAAGAGGUCCGAAAGAGAAUCCUUGCGGACGAACAGCUGGAGGGCCCCUUCGAGGUCCGGGGCGCUGAGCAGCGCCGCGCGCUCGGACGAUUCGCGGAGAACCAGACGCAGAGCCGACCGGGGGGUGCGUGGGCCGGGCACUUCGAGAGCCAGCAGACCGCCCCGACCACUUGCCGCGCCCUGAGCGGCUGCGUUGUCUGCGCGCGCUCUUUCUGGCUGGAGGACCUCUUCGACGCGGACUUGUUCGUGGAGCUCGUGGACCCCGAGCUGGCAGCGGGCGCCGGCGAUCCCGCGGCGGACGGCGCCCAGGGGCACGGCGCGGAAGGCCCGUUGCGGGACAUGGAGCUGCGAUCGCUAGCCAGGGGCCGCGUGUGCGUGAACAAGAUCAUCGCCGAGCCCGAGAAGAGAGGUUCCGACGAGCCGGCGGCGCGCCUGGAGACGUCUCGCAAGGUGGAUCUCCUGCGCAGCGCCGAGCUGCCCGCCCCCCCUGCCGAGGCGCAGCGAUUCCUCGCUGAGUCCGUCGUCAUUGCCCUGGCAGGGGCCGACGUGGACGACCUCAGCAAGGCCCGGUGGGCCAACGUGCGCAAGGGCGAAUACAUGGGGGCCGCCAGCUUCCUGACCUCCCAUUCGGUCUCGUACAACGACAUGACCUGCAACCAGGACAGGGCAGACGCCGUCAUGAGCGACGCCGGCGCCGUCCCCGAAGCCGUGCGAAGCAUCGCAAUCCCCAUUGAGGUCUCCGAGCAGCUGAAGCACCGGCUGGAGGGCCCCGCCGACGCCUGCGCCGGGGCCGACGAGCAAGUCGUCAGGGUGGACGGGGAGGAGUGCGUGUCCGAGCACGAGGCAGAGGAAGAGGAGGGGGAGAACGAUCUCAACGCCGCGCUGCCCGACCCGGACUUCCCCGCCGAGGCGCUCCCGGCGAUGUCUUUCUGCGCCGAUGCCGCGACCGGCGGCGACCUCGACGAGCUCCAGGCGAUCCGCAAGGUGCACGGUGAGCUCGAGGCUCUGCAGGAUUCCAUGCGCGAGGAGGCCUCCGGCAUGGGCUACCCGCGCCGGCGCCUCAUCAAGCAGCUUCAGGUCAGCGCCAGAGGCAUGCUGGAUCGCGGCUUGGCGGACAGGAUCCACCACCACCACAAGACGGUGACGGCCCUGGAGGAGACGGGCCAACGGGCGGCGGCUCCCGGAGGCGCGAUGGAAGGGUAUGCCCAGGGCACUGCCACACAGCCGCUCUCGAUGUACAGCCCCGAGCUCUGGUCCAUGUGCUUCCCCGACAAGUUCCCGUACGGCGACGGCGUGUUCGGCUUGUCCAGGACUGCGCCCAUGUCGUUCCAUCAGUGCACGUCAAUGCACUUGCUCCGCGAGGAGCUGGUGUACCAGGUCACGCCCGAAGAUUUGGCCGCGGCCGCCGCUUGCAAGGCGUGGGUCGAGACCGCCGCGGACGGGCCCGGCGCGACCGGGCAGUCUCGCCCCUCCGGCGGCUCCUGCGCCUGCCAGCAGUGCAGAGAGGCGUGCCGGCGCUACGUCGCGCCCGAGCAGCCGCGCUGGGGGGCCGACCGCGAUCUCAUUUGCUGCUACUACGACGCCGGGCGCCGCAUCGAGCAGAUCCGCAGGGCCAGGGGCCACGUGCACAGAACGGGCUUCCAGGAGCGCCUUGAGAAGAUCUGCGCGGCUUCCACGGAGAAGCUCGAUGCCGCCGUGCAGAGCCUAGGGCCGAAUGCGUCCCUGAAGGACGCGAUGCGGUCCCCCGCCGUGGACCAGGACGUCAAAGACGCGCUCUCCGAGCUCAUGGUGUUCACCUCAGAAGUUCUCGGCUCGGACGGCGCGCGCGCGAAAUUGCGCCACGAGCAGAACGGCUUCGCCCUCAUGUUCGGCGGCGCCGGUGGCUUUCUGACUCCGAACGUCGCGGACGUGCGGAGCCCCAUCUUGCUUGCCCUGCACGCGGCGGGGGGCUGCGAGACCCGCGCCGUGGACCUCCUCGCGGAAGCCCCGGACAUGCCCUCCGCGCGGAAGAUGCUCCAGAUCGUGGCGCAGGACCCGGUGGCCCAGGCCCGCUUCUUCAUCUUUAGCAUGCAGCUUUUCUGCGAGCACGUGCUGGGCACCGGCCCCUGGGACGCCCGACUGCGCCACAACGGCCGUUGCGACGGGGCGGCUUUCCCCGAUGGCUUCGCCACUUCGUGCACCGGCGGAGCCUUCCUCAUGUUGGCGGCGCUGCACGGGCCCAUCGAGGAGCAGGCCCGGCUGUCCAUCCACCCGCACAUCCUCCUGUGGUUCGUGCACGCGCAGUCCGAGCAGUGGCUCCGGUGCGUGCUCAACAGGGAGACCGAGGAGAUCCGGCAGCGGCUCCGCGUGUGGCAGGAGAAGACCUUGGCCGCAGUGCAGUCCAUGCAGCUGGACUCAGCGGCCGUGCUCCCGCUGCUCCUCACCGACGACCCCGACCGGGCGCCCGAGCCCAGGAACACGCCCUUCUCCGAGAAACUGCAGCGGGAUUGCCGCAUGGAUGGGGAGCUGGAGCACGACGUGGAAGAGCCGGAGAAACGGCGCGUCUUCUUGGCCACAGAGCCCCCGUUCGAGGACCACCACCUCCGACGGCAUCGGAUGUCCUUGGCGCCCGAGGCGCGACCCAUGAGCGAAUACAUGGUGCCCCAGACGGGCGCCCAGCUCUGUCGCCUCGAGCACUACAGGCUGCUGCGCCCGACCACGGGCGACGACCUGGAGACCGCGGCGGGCCGGAGCGCGGAGGCGGCGGCCUGGGCCGCGCGCUACGCCGAGGAUUACCGCCAGGACAUCGCCGUGGGCCAGAUGCACCAGCACAAGGACACGUGCUUCAAGUACGUUGUCGAGAAGUCCAUGCGCUUCGCGCGGCACUGCCGCUUCAACUUCUGCCACUUCGUCAAGCUCUGGCUCCGCGUCGGCGACGGCGGGGACUCCUCGGCGCAGCAGAAGCGCUCCAAGAAGCUGGUGACCUUGGCGCGGACCGGCAAAGACCUCGUGCUGCCGCGGGGGCCAGGGGAACCGGAGCCCGACAUGUUCCCCCUGGACGAGGACGGCGCGCCCGUGCCCCUGCGCCCCGGGCGCAAACUCGGCCCGGUCGUCAACGUCGAUCCAGACCAUGGGAAGCAGGGUCUGGUCAUGCCCAUUCGCUGGAACCCGAUGGAAGGCAGCUCCAACGGCGUGGCCCAGACGGCGCUGAACUGCAACGUGGACUUCCAGAGUAUGAUGCGCACUUUCAUUGACGGAUUUAAUGUCCAGACGCGGGACGGGCUGCGCGACCCGCCCCUCUCGGCGGACGACGAGGCCUCGCUCGAGGCGGAGGAGGACGAGAAGUUCGAGGCAAGCUUCGCCGCGAACAUGCAGAAGCUUGCGGCCGCCCGCAAGAGGGCCAACAAACCAGAGCUGGAAUAUGAGGAGGCGGAGAUGAGGCUCCGGCAACAGCGAGCCGCUCGCAGGGCGGCGUAUCUGAGGUUGGGCCCGGCCGAGCGCUUCAGGCGCAGUAUCAAAGCACUGACCGUCAACAUUAUGAGGCAGUCCGUUCAGGCCAUGUUCUACGCUUGCGACUACUCCACGAAGCCGAACAUGACCUGCGCGCCGCUCCUGGCCACCGCUGCCAACCAGGCCAUCGUGAAGGGGAACUGCCUCAUGGUCAUGCAGAUGCUCACCCGACGCGAGGUGCUGCGGUCCCACUCCACCUGGCAGUUGAUGAUGAAGAACGCCAUGUGGCUGGCCUUCGAGAGCCGACGAAUUCGGCAGGGGUUCGACGAGCGCGAGCAGCUGCACGAGGCCACGGUGCUCCUCGACGCCGCGGAAGUCGCGGCCGCGGGCGGCGCGCCCACAGACGAUCUCUUCGCGGCGCGCGGGGAGCGCGGCCCUUUCUUGGCCGAGGAGGCCACGGACGAGCCGCAGCAGAGAAACGCGGGGGUCCGCCUGAAGAGCAACAGCUACUACGACGACUACUUGCACCGCGGCUCCGCCGAGUUCGGCGCGUCGGGUCGAGCGGCGAAGACUCCCCUGGCCUCCAUGUCGUAUUACGACUACGGCAUGUGGGUGCGCGUCGUGCCCGGGGACCCGAACGCCCUGGCGCCAGACGAGUACGCUUUCGCCGGCCACUACGGGAAGCAUGCCGACUACGUCCAGCAGCUGCGGGCCGCGCCGGCCGCGCCGUACAUCUCCGGCUUCACGAUGCCGACCGAAGAGAAGGACCCGGAGACGAACGCCUGUUUCAAGCAGCAGCUCGUCCUGGCGAAGCGGGCCGACCAGGCCCUGCAGCGCUCGCGGCAAUGCCCCGUGCUGCACGACACAACCGCCAUCCGUUACUGGCAUCUCCCCGGCACCGUGCGCGGGGGCCCGGUCCACGAGAGUUUCCUGCCGUUGCUCUGCGGCGGCCGCCAUGCGACGGAUCCUGGUUUGGACGGCACGUGGUGCCGCCGCCGCGAGAUCCCGACCCCCGUCGCAGGCGCCGAUCUGCAGCGGCCGUCGCGCGGAGCGGUGUGCUGGCGCAUGGCCCUCCCGGUGGACCUCGCCUGGGCCGUGCUGCGCUUCGCGGGCGACGUCCGCGGCGACGACGGGCGGCGCCUGGGGGUCGCCGGCUCGGAGGAGGAGCGCGCUCGGCUCGACGAGCGGGCGGCCCUCGAGGGCGAGUCGAUCGCCUGCGCCUGUCCUGGAGUUCACGACGACCAGCUGACCCCCGAGAUGUUCUUCGCUGUUCGGCACGUGGAGGUGGCCGCCCGCCUGGAGUACAUGGCCGAGGCCCGCGGGCUGCCGAAGCCGGCAAGGGGGCCCAGCGACGCGGUGGCGGAGGAGGAGCUCGGCGGAGAUCGCUCCGACGAUGACGGGGCCUUCGGCCUGGACGAGGCUCUGCCAGGUGAAGAUUCCUCCGCGGAGGAGCGCCAGGAAGUGGCAGACGCGCGAGAGGACAAGGAGGGCAUGAGACCUCGCUGGAGGCUGGCAGAGGACGAGUUCGACGACGUCGUGCACCGGACGGCGGCGGCCCAGGCGGCUAAGAGCAGUCGCGUGGGAGCGCACAAGAAAGCCUUGAUGGAAACGUUCUUGCAGUUGCAACGCCGCGCUUACGCCUGCGUUCGGCAGCCCUGCGCCGUGCCCGAGCGCGCCCCUCGGCUGGCGGCGAUGACUCCUGCUGACGUGCAGACCGCCAAAAAGAACCAGGACGCGAUCCGCGAACAGAGGGCCGCCCAGGACGACAAUCUGGAGGCCGCGGGCGCGGAUCUGCCCGUCGCCGCGGCGGCCUUCUCCGACGCGCCCGCGCCGUCGAGGCGCCUCGGCCCGGAGGAUGUGCCGAUCUCCCCGCUGCAGGCGGCGCUGACCCUCAUCGCCGAGUCUGGGGUCUGGAAGAGCAAGGAGCAGUACCUGGUGACGCUCUUCCUCCUUCAACCGAUACAACAACUGUGGCAGAAGGCCCUCGAGACGGACGGCUUGGACAGCUUGUCCACGGCCGCGGGCCUCGCAGCGGCCUCGAGAGACGUGCAGGUCCGCCGCGUCUUCCUGCACGGCCCGGGGGGCUCGGGGAAGACGUAUUGCAUGACCGAGGUGGUCAACAAGGUGGUCGUGCGUUUCUUCGGGCACAGGGGGCUGAAGCUCGUGGCCGCGGCCAACAGCGCCGCCCGCAUCCUCGGCGGCAAGACCAUGCACGCGGCGGCGAAGCUGACGCGGAAGCAGUCUCUCGCGGCGAGUAAAUUGAAACCCAACACCAGGGCGAAGAAGAAGUUGGAGGCCGAGUGGGAGUACCUUGUGCUCCUCCUCGCCGACGAGAUCGGCCUGGCGUCCCCCCCGCUCCUUGCGGGCCUGAGUCGCCGCGCGACUUUCGGCCGCAAGGACUUGCUGCGGCUGUGCGUGGCGAGGGCCAUCGAAGAGCCCUUCGGCCAGGUCCCCGUGCAGGCCAUCAUGGGCGACUUCAUGCAGAUCAACCCGGUCUGCAGCCACACGCUGCUGGAAGCCCUGCUGGCCCGCGCGCGCGUCCCCGGCGUGCCGCGGAAGAUCACGGACGAGGACGAAGACGGCUGGAAGGUCUUCAGGAAGAUGGCCUCCGACGUGGUCGUCUUCACUGGCACGCACCGCUUUCUCGACGAGGACCUACCGCUGCUUUUCGAGGUCAUGCGCACUCCGGGCGGGGCGAGAGUGCCUGACGACUUGCGCGCGAAGAUCAGAGAUCGCGUCCAGCGGGGCCCCGACGACCCGAGGAUGUCCAUGGACUACGAACUGGAGGGCGUUCGGGGCUUCUUCGCCUUCGGCGCUCGCGCGGCGAUCCAGUGGGAGCAGGUCGCGCGCCUGCAGCAGCUCCACGUGCUCGCCUCCGCGAGGGUCUGCCCUGGCCCCAGGGCCUUGCUCAACGGGGAGGACGGCCGGCCGGAUCUUCGUCGCCACGGCUUCAGCGCGGCGCAUUCGGGGGCGCGCGGGCAGCUCGUCUAUUAUUUCCAGGCCGUGGACCGCUUCAAGCACCACCAGGACCGAGACAUGUACCUCGAGGCGCUGAAGUUCAUGAACCUCUCCAAGAGCAACGGCCUGCCGGGCAUGUGCGCGGCCUACUUGGGCAUGCGAGGGCGGCUCACGAAGAAGGUCAUGGGGCCGGAGCUGGUGCAGGAGGCCACGGGCGAGGUCGUGGGCAUCCGCUUUCACCCGCGGGAGCGAUUCGGCUUCGGGGAGAAUCUCGGCGGCGGUUCUGAACGGCAGCGCGAGCUUGCGAUCCAUAUCAGUUCGCGUCGGCAGUGCGACGCGACGCGGGCGUUUGCAGAUCUCGACCAGGUGGACUACACUGGCCUGGGCAAGCGGGGCGUGUUCCAUCUGGAGCCUGUGCAGGACGAGUGGGAGUUGCCCGUCGCGCGCGCGCAGACGGUGAAUCACCCGGGCGCGCCUCGGGCCAAGCAGUUCGUCGUCAAGAGCAAGCAGAAGAAGGGGCUGCAGGUCGCGCGCACGCAGCUCAGUUGGGCGCCCGAGGACCAGCUCACUUUCCAGAGCAUCCAGGGCCGCACUAUCCGCGGGCCCGAGGGCCAGCCCAAAGGUUUCGUCGUCGACCUCUUUCGGCCUGGCACGAUGCAGGGCGAGGAUCGCCGGGGGGAGUACUUCCAGCACGUCUGGAUGAUCCUUGGAAGAGCCAGGAAGCUGGAGUGGAUGCUGCUGCAGAACUUCCCGCUCGACGAGAGCACCGGCGAUCUGGACUGGUCGAUCCUCGAGCAAGGGCCGCCGGACUACCUCGUCGAGUUCUUGGGCGCGGCUGCGACGCUCAGCAGGAGGACUUCGCGCAGGAUGCUGCGCGCGCAGAAGGAGCUGGGGGCGCCGGCCUGGGAGGACGUGCCGGAGUGCCCGCUGGACCCCGACCGCCAGGGCAGAUUCUUGUAUAUUGCCGAGGACUGGAUCAGGGCGGGCGCCGCCUGCGCCCGGCCCGUCGCAAGCGCCUCGGCCGAGGCGAAGCCCGACGCGGCCCCGCGGAGGAGACUCUGGGGCAAGAGGCCGCGCGAGGAACUGCGCUCGAAGACGGUCCGGCCGACCGCGCCGCCCGACGAGCCCGGGGGCGCUCCGCUGCGGCGGAAGCGGUCGCGCGGCGAGGGCGCCGGGGACGAGGGCGAGCGGGCCUGCGCGCCUCCUGGCGCGGCGCCAGCCUCUUCGACCCUGCCGUCGGCGCCCUCGGCCAGCGCCGGCGGCUGGCACUGUUCCUUGCUCGGCCGCGCCAUCGGCCGACGAAGGAGCGCGCCCGCGUGGUUCAACAAUCCUCUCAUGGGCGAGGUCGACCCCGCGUCCGGCACCCAGCUGGGCCUCACGUGCGGUUUCUUCGCGGUGAACCAUUGCCUGGGCCACGCGGGCAUGCCGCAGCUGUCGGCCGAGGAGUUCCGGCAGAGCGCGGGAGACGGACUCUAUCCCGAAGGGGAUUUCGACGACGGGGGGUUGCGUCAGAACCUCGCAGAGCGCGGGUGCCAUUUCGAUUUGUUGCAGGGCGCGGACCACCAGGACGCCAUCCUCGCCGUGGGGGACUCCGACAGCUGUCUGGCUGUCUUCAACGGCAACCACGCCUUGGGUGUCAUUCUGCACCAGCCAUGCCCUCGACAUUGGAUCGCGCUCGUUCGACCUCCAGAGGCCGUUCGAGACGGCGACGCCGCCUGGCUUUGCGACUCCUUGCACUCGGCGGUCUUCGCCCUUGAAGCCAGCGAGGUGCAGGACCUCCUCGGCCACGUUGGCUCGGCGCAGAUGGGCGCCGCGGACAGGGCCGGGAGCGAGCUCGACCGGAUGAGGGAGAUCUCCGACUGGUGUGCCUACAGAGUCCACCGCUGA